UAACAUGAAAACAAGCACGGUUUUGGUUUGUGGUCGUCUAGUUACCGCAGCCACAAAAUCAUAAAGCUCGCCUAUUUCUACAAUGUAUCUUCUUAAACGGGGAUUUUAAACCUAACCACACUGCUACCUUUAUGCCUAACCUUAAAUUAAGACCAAAAAGCUAAUGUUUGUUUUCAUGAAUUUUUACGAUAUAGGCAACUUUGACUUUGUGGCUGUGGUAACUAGUGGCCACCCAGUUUUGUCCAUGUUGACAUGUCUAGCAAUUUUAUACCCAGUUGUAAAAAGCAAGAAGCGCUUCCUUUGAACAAUGAGUGGCUCAAAGCCAGACAUUCUGUGGUCUCCCCACCACGCCGACCGCUAUGUCAUCUGUGACUCAGAGCUUGGACUGUACCGCAUCGGACCUGUGGGGAGCGGCGAGACCAAAGCCGGAGCUCUCCCCCUCUCUGAGGAGACCGCUGCUACCCUAUUAGCGAUCAACUCUGACACCCCCUAUAUGAAAUGUGUGGCCUGGUACCCAAAGCACGAGCCUGAAUGUCUGCUAGCAGUUGGACAGGCUAACGGUAGGGUCGUCCUCACUAGCCUAGGCCAGAGCCACAACUCCAAGUGCAAGGAGCUAAUGGGGAAAGAGUUUGUGCCCAAGCAUGCACGUCAAUGCAACACCCUAGCCUGGAACCCUGUAGACAGCAACUGGCUAGCCGCUGGGCUGGACAAGCACAGAGCAGACUUCUCAGUGCUCAUAUGGGACAUUAGCAGUAAGUUCUCCCCAGAGGCUAGUGUAGCCACCGAAAAGAUCCGUCUCUCGUCAGGAGACACAGACUCUGGCCUAGUGGUGACCAAACCCCUGUAUGAGCUAGGCCAGAACGAUGCUUGCCUGUCCCUCUGCUGGCUGCCCCGUGACCAGAAGCUGCUCUUGGCUGGCAUGCACCGCAACCUGGCCAUCUUCGACCUGCGCAACACCAGCCAGAAAACCUUUGUCAAUACCAAGGCCAUCCAGGGUGUGACAGUGGACCCCCACUUCCCAGACCGUGUGGCCUCCUUCUUUGAGGGCCAGGUGGCCAUCUGGGACCUCCGCAAGUUUGAGAAGCCAGUGCUCACGCUUACCGAGCAGCCCAAGCCGCUCACCAAGGUGGCCUGGUGCCCCACACGUAUGGGCCUAUUGGCCACGCUGACACGCGACAGCAACAUCAUCCGCCUUUACGACAUGCAGCACACGCCCACGCCUAUCGGCGACGAGACAGAGCCCACAAUCAUUGAGCGCAGCGUGCAGCCCAGCAACAGCCUCAUUGGCAGCUUCGCCUGGCACCCCACUUCUCAGAACCGCAUGGUGGUGGUUUCGGCAGCCAAUCGCACCAUGACCGACUUCACUGUGUUCGAACGUAUCUCUUUAGCCUGGAGCUCCACCACUUCGCUCAUGUGGGCCUGCGGCAGACACCUCUAUGAGUGUGCUGAGGAGGGGGGCGUGGGAGGGGAGGGUACUGUAGAGAAGGACAUAGCCACUAAGAUGAGGCAGAGGGCCCAGUCCAGGUACGGUCAUGAUACGGUCCAGGUGUGGAAGAACCAUUUGCUGGCCGGAGGGGAUGACCCCCAGCUCAAGUCCCUGUGGUACACUCUGUUCUUCAUGAAGCAGUACACUGAAGACGUGGAGCAGAAACAGCAGGGGAGCAAACAGGCCCUGGUCUAUUCAGGCAUCAAGAACAUAGUCAAGUCCAGCUCAGGCACUACAGAGAACCGGCGGUGCUGGAGCGGCUCAGACCGCCAGACGGACGUCCCCAGGUUCCACAGCGAGGAGCGCAGCCUUGCCCUGCGUCUGUGUGGCUGGAUCAACCGAGGCCCUGACAUCAACGUGGAGCCCUUCCUGCGCUCCCUGGAGGGGGAGGGGGAGUGGGAGCGUGCGGCCGCCGUGGCCCUCUUCAACCUGGACAUCCGUAGGGCCAUCCAGAUCCUCAACAAGGGAGCCUCCGCUGAGAGAGGGGACCUGAACCUAAACGUGGUUGCUAUGGCGUUGUCAGGUUACACGGACGAGAAGAGUUCCCUGUGGAGGGAGAUGUGCAGCUCUCUAAGGCUGCAACUCAAGAACCCCUACCUGUGUGUCAUGUUUGCCUUCCUCACCAGUGAGACUGGCACAUACGACGGAGUACUGUAUGAGAGUAGUGUGGCCGUAACGGACCGAGUGGCCUUCGCAUGCAUGUUCCUAAACGACACACAGCUGCCUCGCUACAUGGAGAAGUUGACCAGUGAGAUGAAGGAGGUGGGGAACCUGGAGGGGAUCCUGCUGACGGGGCUGACCAAAGACGGAGUGGACCUGAUGGAGAGCUACGUGGACCGUACCGGAGACGUCCAGACCGCCAGCUUCUGCAUGCUCAAGGGUUCCCCAGGGGAGGUGGUGAAGGACCCGCGUGUCCAGUGCUGGAUCGAAAACUACCGUAACCUGCUGGACGCAUGGAGGUUCUGGCACAAACGGGCUGAGUUUGACAUCCACAGGAGCAAGCUGGACCCCAGCUCCAAACCACUGGCACAGGUGUUUGUGAGUUGUAACUUCUGUGGGAAGUCCAUAUCGUACAGCUGCUCGUCCAUGCCCCACCAGGGCCGCGGCUUCAGCCAGUACGGGGUCAGCGGCUCGCCCACCAAGUCAAAGGUCACCAGCUGCCCCGGCUGCAGGAAGCCCCUCCCCCGUUGUGCGCUCUGCCUCAUGAACAUGGGCACGCCUGUGUCCAACUGCCCAGGCACGGGGAAGUCAGACGAUAAGGUGGAUCUGACCAGGGAGAACAAACUGGCCCAGUUCAACAACUGGUUCACCUGGUGCCACAACUGCCGCCAUGGCGGCCAUGCAGGUCACAUACUCAGCUGGUUUAGGGACCAUACAGAGUGUCCAGUGUCGACCUGCACCUGUAAGUGCAUGCAGCUGGACACCACAGGAAACCUGGUGCCUUCAGACAGCCACUAGAGGGGCUUCUGGUAGGGUCCAUAGCCUAACCACCAGCCUAAAGCCUGCCUGUGCACGCUGACUUCACUACGGCACCCACCAUCCGACACAUCCCAGACUAAGCCAGGUUGCUGGGUACUGUUCUGGACAGGCCGCUUGAAUAGUGUUAACACUGGGUGAUAGCUUGGGUUGAAUAAAAACUUCACUUCUUUUCAUAAUCAUAUUGUAAAAGAGGCUAGAUGUGUUACUGAUGAAUCAAUGAAUGUCUUGAAGGAUUGUGGUUUGAUGCUUGCUAAUGAUAUUAAGGAGAUCCUUAAAGGGAUAUAUUAUAAAAGUUGUUAUAAACGGCCUCCUUUAACCAAACCUGAAUCAGGAUGAUCCUUUAAUUCCUAACAGUAAAGAAUGUGAUUGUGUGCCAAUAUAUUGUAGCUAUGUUUUAAGACUUACAUUUUUUCAAGCUUUCUUUCUGGGUCACAAUCAGACUGAGAUAUCUCGAAAAACAUUGACAAAGUGAUGAAAUAAGGAAGUUAGUUACCCCAGGCAACAAACAGAAAGAGAACAAAUUGACAAAGCUUUCUCUUCUGGUUACCCUGGCCUGUGCCACUUCAUCUCACAUUGUAUGUCAGGGUUUACAGUGCAGGGGCAGGGUGGGGGAAAGUUGUCUGUGUAUUCACCUCCCCACUCCAGGCCUGUGUCUUGUGAAAAGAGGCAGAGAAAAAAACAGCAGCUGCUCGGCACUCCGACAAGACCCUCCAGAUUGUUCUCUUCAUAAAGAACUUCAGCUGCUGGAACACCACUGAACACCAUUGACUCAAAGAGGGCGAGAGCAGGAGCGCGAGAAGGCCCUCGGUUCUCUCUCCCCGGGACAAAAUCGCGCACAAAAUAUGCACACACACAUCAAUCCGGGAUGGGUGUCCAGACGUACUCCACAGGGACGGCGAUGUGUAAGAUGCAUUGUCAAUGUGUUUUUCUUUCUCUGCCGCCCCCCAAUGGACUCUACUGCUUCGACUCGGGGAACCAUUGUAAACGUGAGGGGCCUGCACCCGAGCUGGCUAAUUAACUUAGUCAUGGAGUAGGGAGGGGGCAUGCGAGCUACUGUAUUCUGUUUUUCACCACUCUCUCAGCGUCGGAUAUUUUCUGGCGUACCCUUUUGUGAACCAUAAUGGAGUGGGGUUCGCACAUUUGGUAGGCGUGUACCGUUCUGAAUAAAAAGUUACUUGAA